AUGCUAUUCUUCCUAGCGUUGAUUGCAAAUUUCGCAGCCAUUUUGGCAGCCACCUCUGCGCUGUGCAACCCGUUGUCGUCGUCUUGUUCGCCCGACAAGGCCUUGGGAACGGGUCUUGUUGAGCUGUUUACAUCGGAAAGCGACCAAUUUAGCGUUGUGGCCGUGCCCUCGGGCGUAUCGUACACAGACGACGGGUUGGAGUUGACCUUGAAAAAGAAAGGCGACAACCCUGGCAUCAAGUCGAACUUCUACAUCAUGUUUGGACGUGUGGAGGUGAUCAUGAAGGCAGCGCCCGGCAGAGGCAUUGUGUCUUCGUUCUUUAUGAUGUCGGACGAUUUGGACGAAAUCGACAUUGAGUUGUUGGGCGCCGACGACACUCAGUUCCAGUCGAACUACUUCUCCAAGGGCAACACCACCACAUAUGACAGAGGCGAGUACCACUCUACACCAGGUUCUCCUCAGGACAAUUUCUUCAACUACACCAUUGUGUGGACAGAAAACGAGUGUGUGUGGUAUUUGGAAGGCACCCCAGUAAGAACCCUCUCGAGCGACAACAGCCAGGGUUACCCUCAAACACCCAUGUACAUCAAAGCAGGCAUUUGGGCAGGCGGUGACGACACCAACGAGCCUGGAACCAUUGAGUGGGCAGGCGGGUCGACUGAUUACAGCCAGGCGCCCUUCACGAUGCACAUCAAGAAGUUGGUGGUGGAUGACUACUCCACUGGCGAUAAGUAUGAGUAUGGCGACAAGUCUGGAAGCUGGAAGUCGAUCAAGGCGGAAAAUGGAGAAGUGAACGGGAGAAGCGGGUCCUCCUCCACUAACAAGCAAGGCGACGCAAACAAGUCGAAGUCCAGUUCUUCCAGUUCUUCCAGUUCCUCCAGUUCCUCCAGUUCCUCCAGUUCUUCCAGUUCCUCUAGCUCAAGCUCUUCAGCUGUCUCUUCGAAGAAUUCUCCUACGUCUUCGGCUGCCUCAUCUACCAGCACGGUUUCUGCUUCCUCUGCCAAUGCCGUUGCAGCUUCCACUCACAAAGCUUCGUCGACAUCUGGUGAUUCCGUGUCUACGAGGCUGCCCUCCACAUUGAACACUGUGUUAGCUGCUUCUUCUGGCUCUGGCUCUGGCGGCAGCGAUGCCUCAUCUACUACAGAAGCUUCUUCCGCUUCUUCCUCGGGUGCUUCGGUGGCCACUGUCUCUUCUGGGGACUUGGCUGCGUCUACUUUCGUUUCUGGUGUGCUUGUGUUUGUCGCUAUGGCAUUAAACUUUUAG